AUGAGCGACAUGGACGAAGACUACGGGUUCGAAUACUCGGACGAGGAACAAGACGAGGAACAAGUGGACGUGGAGAACCAAUAUUACAACGCUAAAGGCUUGCUGGAAAACCCGGAGGACUUUGAGAAAGCGAUCGAGGCGUUCACGGCGGUGGUGACCAUGGAAGAUGAGAGCGGUCAACCCGGCGAGUGGGGGUUUAAAGCCAUGAAACAGGUGGUGAAGUUACGAUUGAAAGGUUGUGCGGAUGCGUCGAUUUCAACGAAAGAGGAGGAGAAGAAGAAGAAGAACGUCGCGCUCGCGAUUGAGAGUUUAGGGAAGCUGUUGACAUACGUCGACUCGAAAGCGGUGACGAAGAACAAAUCGGAAAAGGUUUUGAAUUCUUUGUUGGAAACGAUGAACCAAAUGGAAGACCGGGAGUUGCUGGAACAGUUUUACGAGAAGACGCUGAAAACGAUGACGAGAGAGGCGAACGAACGGUUGUGGUUUAAGAUUCAACUGAAGUUGUGCAAAUUGUGGUUGAAGUGGCAGAACUUUGCGGCUAUGGGGAAGACGUUGAAAGAAUUGAGAAAAUCGUGCGAAGACGAGAGUGGGAACUAUGCGGCAAGUAAAGGGACGCAGUUGUUGGAGGUGUACGCGAUGGAGAUUCAAAUGUACACCGAGCAAAAGAACACGAAAAAGUUGAAAGAGUUGUACCGAGAGAGUUUGGCAAUUAAGAGCGCGAUUCCGCACCCGAGAAUACUAGGUAUCAUUCGCGAGUGCGGUGGCAAAAUGCACAUCGCGGAGAGGAACUUUGGAGACGCGGCGACGGACUUUUUCGAGGCGUUUAAGAGUUACGACGAAGCAGGGUUACCGAGACGGGUGGUGUGUUUGAAGUAUCUCGUGUUGGCGAACAUGUUGAUGCAAUCGGACGUGGAUCCGUUCGGAUCGCAAGAAGCGAAACCGUUUCAAUCGAACGAGGAGGUGAAGGCGAUGACGGACCUAGUCCAAGCGUACCAAGCUAACGAUAUCACGUCGUUUGAAUCGCUUUUAGAGAAGCACAAGAAGAGUAUCAGCGAAGACGCGUUUGUCGCCGAACACAUUCAAGCGUUGUUGGACAACGUUCGAACGCAAGUUUUGUUAAAAACAGUCCGGCCAUACUCGAAGGUGAAAUUGCCGCACUUGAGCGAAGAGUUGAACAUUCCCGAGAAAGAGUUAGAAUCGUUGCUCGUGAAUUUAGUAUUAGACGACGUGUUAGACGCGAAGAUAAAUCAAGUGACCGGGAUGUUGGAGAUUAACCGAGAGAGCAUCGCGGACGCGAGUGAACAAGAGAAGGAACAACAAGAAGAAGGGAAAAAGCUUCAAAAGAAAAGGGUAGAAAGCGAGUACGAUGCAUUGAACAAAUGGAGCAACGAAAUUAAGAGGACGCAGGGUAUUUUGUUCGCGAACCUUUGUUAA